AAUACGAAUCUCUCUCUGUCUCUCUCAUCACAGUCCAUGAAAUAAUCUUCAAUUAUUCUGAUUUUGGAGAUGAGCAGCAGCGGGAGCUACUACUGGGCGCAGAAUUGCGGCAACGACUUUCAAGCCAAGGGAAUUGUCGUGGUUUUCGCCUGGGUGCCCUUCUGCGAACCUCUGUUGAAUGAUUGCAUCGCCUUCUACUCUUCUCUCGGAUGGAACUCUCUGGUUUGCCGCUCCAAAUAUCUCAACCCUUUCUUUCCGGAGAGAGCUACAUCACUUGCUUUUGCUGUCCUAGAUGAGCUUAUCAAGGAGCUCAAAGGUGGCUUAUGUCCUGUAGUACUUGCAGCUUUUGCUGGUGGUUCAAAAGCAUGCAUGUAUAAGGUUUUACAGAUUAUUGAAGGCUGUUCUGAAGUUGAACUCAAUAUGGAGGACCGUAGGUUGGUUGCAAGCUGCAUCUCUGGACAGAUCUAUGAUUCCGACCCCAUCGAUUUUACAACCGACUUGGGUGCUCGAUUUGCGCUGCAUCGCUCCGUCCUCAAAGUUCCUGGUGCAGCUAAGCUAGCAUCAUUUUUAGCAAAAGGUGUUACUUUGAGCUUGGAUGCUUUAUUUCUCACGAGAUUCGGUUCCCAACAGGCUGAAUACUUGCAAACUCUUUAUUCUUCUGUGCGUUUGGGGGCCCCCUUUCUCAUUCUAUGCCCAGAAAAUGAAGACACAAUUCCUUUUUCAACCCUAUGUACCUUUGCAAAGCAUUUACUGGAUGUGGGCGGUACUGUCAAAAUUAUAAAGAGAUCUACCUCUUCUCAUCUAGGCCGUCAUCAGCACCAAUCAACGCAGUGCAUAGCUAUAACCAAGUUACUUGAGCAGGCCGUUUCAAUUUUCUCAGAAAAAAUUCAGAAACUUGGAGAAAAAUCGAACAUGGAAGAUAUGCAUGAUGUUAUCUCCCCCAUAAGAUAUAAUCUCCAGAAUUCAGCAGUUCUCUCAAAUACAAAUGACCACUUCCUCCUGCCAUGUUCAUCAGAAUAUGAAAAGAGCAGACAGCUAAAAGAGAGGUCAUCUCAUCGGUCUAGCCCUCGUAUGUGCACAAAUACUGUUCUUGGCCAAGUUCUGUUCGAUGCUUGUGUUCCAAAAAAUGUCGAAGGUUGGGAUAUUAAGUUCUCAGGGAGUUUGAAUGGAGAACCGUUUGCUUCUGUACGGAGACGCUCCCCCUUUUGUGCAAUGAAACAGAGAUCAAGAUUAUAAAGAACUCAGGCUACUGUAAAUAGAUGUCACUGUAGUUCCUGCAGUGAUUUUUGUCUGUGCUAACAUUUUGUAAAUUAUUUCAUUCACUAUUGUAACUUGUAAUAAUCUUCAACCUCUAGUUGUGAAGAGAGAAAUAAUAUUAACCAUGUAUUAUAAAAAGUUUUCGACUAAUUUUAAGUUAUUUAAUCA